AUGCUUCACAUCAAGGCCAUCCUCGCUACCCUCCUCCUGACCAGCACCGCCUUUGCUCUUCCCGAGCCCGAGGCUGUUGCCGAAGCACGUGCUGUCGAGAAUGUAGUGCGUGAUGCUUCCGCCAACGCUGAAGCUGCAGCGGAGCCCGUCAGUCUCGACAAGCGGGCGUGCAAGUGCAACAAAGUGAAGAACGCAGGUCUUUACUGCGGCUACUGCUACCUUAGCAAUAUCGACAACUGGGCUGUCAUUAACGGCAAGGACCAGAAUGUGUACUGGUGCAACAAGCAAGGUGGAUGCGAGGACUUUGGCAAGAGGAACAGUUGCGCGGCUUACAAUGGCCCAUGUGAUGGUAGGGAUAGUGGGUAA